AUGUUGAGUAGUAAUCAAAGAGCUAUAAAGCCUACAGACGACGAAGAGAUUAAGGCAGUCCGAGAACUUAAUAUAGAGUAUCUAGAGGAGGUUAAGGUUGAGAUAGAUAGUAUUAGUAAUUAUAAGGAGGAAGAUAUAGUAGAUCCUAAGGAGAGAGAGAAAAUACCUAGCUUAGAUAGUUAUAAUUAUAAGGAGCUACAGCCAACAUAG